UCUGUGCUCUUAAACAGGUCACCUCAUGAUGAAUAAUUCAACUGAGUCGAAUCUUCUCUCUACUUUUGAUUAUGAUUAUUAUCCUGAGUUGGGCUCCGUCUGCAGCACAGAGAAUAUCAAGAUCUUUGGAUCAGUAUUUUUUCCAGUCCUUUACUGUCUGGUGUUCGUGUUCGGCUUGGUGGGAAACAGCUUGGUCAUUUGCGUUCUGAUAGUUUGCAAGAAACUGACCAGCAUGACUGAUGUGUAUUUGCUGAACCUCGCCAUCGCUGACCUGCUUUUUGUUUUCUCCCUCCCCUUCCUGGCUCAUUAUGCUUCAGACCAAUGGACUUUUGGAAAUGCAAUGUGUAAAACAAUAUGUGGAGUUUACUACAUUGGCUUCUACAGCAGCAUAUUCUUCAUAACCCUCAUGAGUAUAGACAGGUACUUAGCCAUCGUCCACGCUGUGUACGCUCGGAAAGUUCGAACAACCCUGCUCAGCAUUGUUAUAAGCCUCGCCAUUUGGUCAGUGGCCAUUUUAGCUUCAAUACCAAAUAUCUUCUUUAUCCAAGAACUUAAUGAAGAUGGCAGUGUGAAGUGUGCUCCUUAUUACCAAGAUAAUAGGACUACUUGGAAACUUUUCACCAAUUCUACCGUCAAUGUUUUGGGCCUCUUGAUCCCACUUGGCAUUCUCAUUUUCUGCUACUCCCACAUCAUGAAAAAUCUGCAGAGAUGCAUGAACCGAAACAAGUAUAAAGCAAUGAAGCUGGUUUUCAUUGUUGUAGUUGUGUUUUUCCUCUUCUGGGCACCCUUCAACAUUGCGCUUUUUCUGGACUCUUUGCGAAGCCUGCUCAUCAUAGAUGACUGCGAGACGAGCAAAAGCCUAGACCUGGCCCUGCAGGUGACUGAAACCAUCUCCUUCAUCCACUGCUGCCUGAACCCAGUGAUCUACGCUUUUGUAGGUGAAAAGUUCAAGAAAUACCUUCAUGAAAUAUUCAGAAAACAUGCAAGAUUCUUAUUGAUUUGCAAAGACCACAAUGUCUUUCAGAGUCACUAUAGUAUCUCUUCUAUGCGCACCCAGUCCUCACAUUCUUCUGUUAUUGACCCUGUCCUGUAAAAUAGAAUGGGCCAAAUACAACCAUUCAAGGAUGCAU